AUGGGGGACUCGCGACCAACACAUCAACACGCCGACGCCGACGGCCAUUUUCGCCGAAAAGAUAGCCAGUUCCGGGACUGGAUAUCCAAGGAGCCAGGUUCCAAGUUCACACCUGAGAAGGGUCGAUACGCCCUCUAUGGCAACUACGGCUGUCCUUGGGCACACCGAACUAUUCUUGUCCGUGGGCUGAAAUCGCUCGAGCCCGUCAUCCAGCUCAUUACCACCGACUUCGACCUGACCGAGAACGGAUGGACCUUUAGCGGACGAAACGGCAGCAUGGGUGCUGAUCCUUUAUACGGCUUCACAGGCUUGAAACAGCUCUAUUUAAAAGCCGACCCAAGCUACGUGGGCCGCUAUACCGUGCCCGUACUAUGGGACAAGAAGACCGAGACAAUAGUGAACAACGAGUCGUCUGAGAUCAUCCGCAUGCUGUACGACCAAUUCGACGACUUCUUAGAACCCCAUCAGAGGGAGGUCAACAAACCCGGUGGGGGAUUUUACCCCCCACAUCUGCGGGCAGAGAUUGAUGCGAUGAAUGAGUGGGUGUAUAACACAGUCAACAAUGGCGUGUACAAAACAGGGUUCGCGUCGACGCAGGAGGCCUACGAUGCCAACGUGUACCCUCUGUUCAAAUCACUCGACCGUCUCGAGGAACACCUGAAGCAUCCCUCUCACCAACCAUACCUGUUUGGCGAAUACAUCACCGAAGCGGACGUCCGGCUGUACACCACGCUCGCGCGCUUCGACGUGGCAUACUACAACAUCUUCAACUGCAACCUGAAAAUGAUCCGACACGACUACCCCCGCCUUUCGAAAUGGUUGCGCAACCUCUACUGGGACACGUCCGACCGAACCAACGGCGGGGUGUUUAAGAACACCACCUUCUUCGAAGUCUACAAGUAUGGCUACCUCCGUGCAAAGGGUCGGCAAAUGCACGGAGGAAGUGACCAUGGAUGGUCCGUCAUCAUCCCGCGCGGGCCGAACCCAGACAUCGAACCGUUGACGGAUGAAGAGGAGAAGGAACUCAUCGAAGGCACCACCACGAGAAAAGUCAACGGCCUGACUCUCGAGAACUUGCCUUCAGGAAACAACCUGGGCUCGUCGCCGAAUCCGUUCAGCGCACACGGAGACAAGGCAGGCAUGGGCGCCAUCUUUGGCGCCGAGGUUGAUUCCCCCAAUGCCGAGGGCGUCGCCACCGACAGCACCAGGAACGACGUGAACGGGGACGAGGAAGAGGAAGAAGACGCGGGCUUUGACGAGAACGGCGAUUUCCACCCGCGGAGGGUCAUCAAGAGGAGGACCACGUACAGCGACGCCAACGCCAAGUGGUACAAGGCGGCCAAGAAGGCAGAGAAAAAGCAGGGCGCCCCGAGCAUGCAUCUGGCGCUGUAA